AUGAGGUUCAGUAGUAUCCUAUCGUUUCUGCUCUUGACCAGCACUGCCUUGUCUUUGCCAACUGAAGACCUUAUUGAAGAGCUUCCUGGGUUUGGAAAGACUCCCACCCAGCAUUAUUCUGGUUAUCUGGAUGCGAGCAAAGGAUGCGAUCUUUUCACGAAUGGACCGAUCUGCAAGAUUCACUACUGGCUAGCUUUGGCGGAAGAAGACCCCAUGAAGAAGCCAGUCGUCUUAUGGUUAAAUGGGGGCCCAGGCUCUUCCAGUCUUUUGGGGUUCCUCCAAGAAGAAGGUCCCUUGCUCAUGAAUGCAACUGGAGGCCUCAUGGUGAAUCCAUGGAGUUGGACCAAGCUGGUGAAUUUGGUUGCGAUCGAAGCACCAAUGGGAGUUGGUUAUUCGUAUUGCAGUCGUCAAAUCAAUGGCAAGCCGUGCAAGAACACUGAUCGCUACACGGCAAGUGCCUCUCGUGCCGCCUUGGUCGACUUUAUCGGCACCAAGUUCCCUGAAUUUGCCAAGAACGACUUCUAUAUUGCUGGAGAGUCCUAUGCUGGCGUCUACAUUCCAACUUUGGCCAAGGAGAUUCUCGACCAUACAGACAUUAAUCUCAAGGGAAUCGCUGUCGGGGAUCCAUGUACCGAUAAUAAGGCCCAAGAUGAUUCUAUGAACUCCUUGUGGUAUGCUAACAAGUAUGGACUCAUGGAUGAAGAAGUGUAUGAUUUGCUGUGGAAUAAGUGCAACAUUCGCAUGCCAAGCUUGAUGACCCGGGGCGGCAUUGCUCACGUUAUUUCCACGCUCAAUGAUGAAUUAAAAGCAAUUGAAGAUUUAGCUGCAAGAAAGGAAAAGGCGCAUGCUCUCUAUCACCAAGUCGUAUUGAACGGGGCUUUUCAUCAGGCCAAAGAUAGUCCUGAGUGUACCAUCGCUUUGCGAAAGUUCAUGAUGAGUAGUUCUCAUGGAUUGUCACAGUCCUGGAAAGACCUGUACAUUGACGAUUAUUCGCUGUUUUCCCCUCUUUCCAAUCUCGAAGACGAGCAAAUGGCAGAAUACAUAUCCCGUGCUGAUGUGCGCAAGGCGCUUCAUGUGGAAGAAGCACCAACCAAAUCUUGGCCUGGAGCUGAUGUGGGCUUUGACUACACGAAGGAAUACAAAGCGUGUAAUUGGGGUGAUGUACUCUUGGACAUUUCCAUGAUUGACAUUUACCGCGAAAUUGUACCCAAAUUGGAACGUACAUGGAUUUAUAAUGGGGAUACCGAUCCAUGUGUUAGCUACGAAGGUACUCGAUUGGCUGUCAAGCAGAUCCAAUUGAACGAGCUUGAUGGCGGAUCCUAUCGUCCUUGGUUCUACAACCAAACUGCUGCCCCCAUUGAAAUUUUGGCGACAAAGGCUGCUCUUUUUGGCCCCAAUCUAGUUGCCCAGAACAUGGGAGCCCAAUUUGGUGGCGAAGUGGUCGACUACGAGGAGGGAUUGAGCUUUGUGACUUUCCAUGGGUCUGGUCACAUGGUUCCACAAUUUCGUCCUCAAGCUGCACUGCACUUCCUCCAGCGAUUCUUGCUAUCAGGCAAACUUCUUAGCCCUUUGAUGCCCUCGAAUAAAACUUUGGCGGAGUUGGAUGAGGCUGGAUUCAGUUCCACCAUGGCCGAAUGGACCGAAUCUGCCAUGAAAGCUCCUUAUGUGCUUCCCGACUUGGUGACUGAUAAAUUCUCUCAUGCAAGGGAUCCCACGGCUCAUCAGAUGAGAGUUGAGCUCGCUCUCCAUUUGCACUAA